UUGAGCCUCGGCCGCAGCCAGAUGUGGGACUGGUGACUUUAAAACCGCACGCAGUGAAAUCUGAGCCCGCUCCCGAAGCCCUGCUAGGGCCUGGCUCGCUGCAGUAUUUUGGGAUGUUUUACACAGGGCAGGACAAAGACACGUUACCAGGCGGGAGCCCAGCCUGAACAGAUGUUUCUGCACUGGGAAAACAAGGAGAAGCUACAUUAUUUCUGCAGGAAAAGGACGACUCAAAGACGAUAUGGCUGAAGAUGUCCGUGGACUCUGAUUGUGUUUUGCUGUCAUCACGAGACUCCAGGACUUCCUGCGUCUUCCCAAACGAAGACGAGAAAGAUGAUGUCCCAGGAGUGGGAGAGGAGAGCGUCCUGGAGAUGCUGAGCUACUCCAAGUUCUCCAACCUGGAGACAUGGCUGUGCAUGCCGUCCUCGCUGCUGCUGUCCCGGGCCCUGGACUCCACCCGCACCUCCUCCUCCUCUUCCUCACAUGCAUCCAACCACUCCUCCUGCUCCUCUUCCUCCUCCUCCUCCUCGUCCCCGGCUUCAGACUCCCGGCACUCCACCUGCAGCGACCCGGGACACACCGACACACCGCUCCGGUGCCCCGAGAGAGACCCCACCUUCCUCACCUCCGCGCUGGGGAAGGAGAUGCCGUUUCUGAGUGCGUCUCUGCUCCCCGUGCUCUCCUCCACGCCGAUGGCGGCGACCGUGGCGGGAGACUCCGCCCCCCGCAGCGGCGUCAGCGUCAGGAAACGGAGGCGGCUCGCUGCCAGUCCUGGAGGACUCCGCUGGAACUCUGCAGGUUCGGUGCAGCGAGACUUCUGGUCACCUGAUCUGUCUCCGGUGUCGCCGAGGGCGACAGCAGGAGAGGCUGCAGGGGGCGUGGCGGCGUGGGCCGGCGAGCACGGCGCCCUGAGGAAGACGCUGUCGGUCGACGAGCGGCUGCUGCAGCCUCACCGCAGACUGCUGAGCCGCCUGGAGAGAGGCCGCAAGAAGCUGCACAACAUCCAGGACGGCAAAGGCAGAGUCCCUCAGGUGGCCGAGCAGGACGGCGAAGGUGAAGACCUGGAGGACAAGCAGGUUGUCGAGGACUUACAGGAGACCAGCGACAAAGGCGAAACUCCUCUGACGGCCGAACAGGAUGCCGAAGAUUCUCGGACGACUGUCGACGAAGGCGAAUCCCCUCUGAAGGCCGGCUGCGAAGGCGAAACCCCUCAGAAGACCGGUGGUGAAGGCGAAUCCCUUCAGAAGGCCGAAGGCGAAACCCCCCUGAAGACCAGCGGCGAAGGCAAAUCCCCUCAGAAGGCCGGCGGCGAAGGCAAAUCCCCUCAGGAGGCUGUCCGCGAAGGCAAAACCCCUCUGGAGGCCACCCUGGAUGACUGGAUGACUCUUGAAGAGCAGUCAUCGGAGACUCUGGACGACUGGAUGACUCUUGAAGAGCUGUCAUCAGAGACUCUGGAUGACUGGAUGACUCUUGAAGAGCUGUCAUUGGAGACUCUGGACGACUGGACAUCAGCUGAGACUCUGGACGGCUGGACGUCAGCUGAGGUUCUGGGUGGCUGCACGUACACAGGUCAGCUCAGGUCCGACAAGAGGUUGAUGCAGGGCAUGGCGCUGGGAGCCAUGUUUUCCCUUUCCCGUCUUCGGCCUCCACGAGUCCCAGAAAACACAGCCAGAAAAGCAAACAGAAAAAAGUUCCGGGGAAGCAGGCAAGGAGGCAGGCUGGUUCAGGAACAGAGAACCAGUAGCUAG